CUGACUGGUAGGUACCCAGGUAUGUAUGUACUCUCAGUAGCAUGCUGGUCGGAUAUGGAACAAGAUGCUCACAGCAGCCGUCAUCUGGCGCCUAUUGAAGAGUGUAACGUACAGUAUCCCCCGUUAGCAGCGCAUCUGUUCGGUGCUCCUCGAUACAAGUAUGUGAGCCCAGCAUCUUCUUCUUACUUUAAUAAUAGGGGACGAGCUCCUCCUUGUCAAGACGAUUCGCUGGCCGCUGUCUAUCCAGAUUGAAUUAGCCAGGCCAGUCAGCGGUCGCAGGACGAGGGGCCAGCCUCGUGGAUGAAACUUGAAACGCGGUGCCUGUUUCAUAGUCGUGGCCACUGGGUACGACUAGGGUGGUUCGGGUGUGGCGCUCGUGAAACGCCCCCGCUUAACUGGCCAAUCACCCCGCUCCGUCCGGGAGAAACACCAAAAGUUCCUGAACUUCACCUGGCCACCAUGGUGACGAGACGUCAGUCUCCACCGCAUCCUCUCGUCCUCUCGUGCCUCUUCUGCCCACCGCGCCCGGCGCCUGCUGCAAGCAUCACUAGCAAAGUGGUCCACCGUCGUUGUUGGUUGUUUCACGCAUCGCAGAGCCGCACCCACAAGGCUCCCUGCUCGACAAGAGUGAACAUGGCGACUGCAUUCCAAGCAUUCCAAGCGUCUCUCCUCGCAGUAGGAGUGGGGAACUCAUGGGCAAGGCGACAAACAACCUUAAGCCAUCUACCUAUGGCCUUCUCUCGGAGAAAAGUGUCUACCCUAGUCCCUACUCCCUAGUCCCCACUCUUCGUCUGGUAAACCUGAAGGCGGUUACUAUGCCGCGACCAGGGCAGAGCCAACGACCUUCCCUGCCGAGUCCAAACGUGAAACAGUCACAUCCAGAAGAACCGUCUCCCUGUGAGUGGCCUUCAUUUCAAUGCGAGUGCAGACCACAUAUAU